AAGAGGAAGCGCCAUGUUGAAGUCGCCAUUGCCACUCAGAUCCCUUUUGUUCCUGCAGCUGCCUCUGCUGGGGGUGGGGCUGAACCAGAGGACCCUCACACCCAGUGAGAAUGAAGACACAACUGAUUCCUUCCUGACCUCUCUGUCCCCUGGGUCCCUCAGUGUUUCCACCCUGCCCCUCCCAGAGGUUCAGUGUUUUGUGUACAAUGUCGAGUACAUGAAUUGCACUUGGAACAGCAGCUCUGAGCCCCAGCCUACCAACCUGACUCUGCACUAUCGGUAUGAGAACUCCGACAAUUAUAAAUUCCAAGAGUGUGGCUACUAUAUAUUCUCCGAAGAGAUCACUUCUGGCUGUUGGUUGCCGAAAGAGGAGAUCUCUCUCUACCAAACAUUUGUUGUCCAGCUCCAGGACCCACGGGAACCCAGGAGGCAGACCACGAGGAAGCUUAAACUGCAGAAUCUGGUGAUCCCCUGGGCUCCAGAGAAUCUAACACUUCUCAACCUGAGUGAAUCUCAGCUGGAACUGAGCUGGACAAACAAAUACUUGAACCAUUGUUUGGAGCACCUGGUGCAGUACCGGAGUAACUGGGAUCGCAGCUGGACUGAACAGCCCGUGCAUCACAGACAAAGCUUCUCCCUUCCUAGCGUGGAUGGGCAGAAACUCUACACAUUCCGAGUCCGGAGCCGUUUUAACCCUUUGUGUGGGAGUGCUCAGCAUUGGAGUGAAUGGAGCCACCCGAUCCACUGGGGGAGCAAAACUUCAAAGGAGAAUUCUUCACCGUUUGUUUUGGAAGCUGUGCUUAUCCCCAUCGGCUCCAUGGGAUUGAUUGUUGGCCUCAUCUGUGUGUAUUGCUGGCUGGAACGGACGAUGCCCCAGAUUCCUACCCUGAAGAAUCUAGAGGAUCUGGUUACUGAAUACCACGGGAACUUUUCGGCUUGGAGUGGUGUAUCUAAGGGACUGGCCGAGAGUCUGCAGCCAGACUACAGUGAACGGCUCUGCCACGUCAGUGAGAUCCCCCCAAAAGGAGGAGCCCUAGGAGAAGGACCUGGGGGCUCCCCCUGCAGCCAGCAUAGCCCCUACUGGGCCCCUCCAUGUUACACCCUGAAGCCUGAAACCUAAGCCCUAUUCCCUGACAGAACCCCAGAGUCCUGUAGCCCCGCGUGAUACUAUCCAAACAAUUUGGGUCCCAUGCUCACCUUGCCCAGCUGUGGCUAAUUUUGAAGUUUGUGCCUCAUGUUAACUGCCCCUUCAUUUAGCCUGCCCUACUGGAGAAUUGCCCCUUCACCCUGCCUGUGCUUAUCUCCCCCAGUGCGGUGGCCCUUCCUUUUGGUGGGACUUUUUUCACCCCUCCCUCUUUCUACGUGCCCUUCAGUUGUUCCUGAACCGAUG